AUGUUUCGAAGAACAUUUAUUCAAAAGUUUUUGACUGUAGACACUAAUCGAAAAUCAAAUGCUAAUGAAGCCUUCACUAGACUGUCAGUUAUUUCCGUUCUGAAUGAUAUUACAUUUGACGAUUUCGAAAAAACUUUUAAACCAGCUAUUGAUGGACAAACAACAUGUACAAUAUUAGCUCAGCAUGAUUCAAUCUAUGUAGCUGGACGUUAUAAUAAAUAUUCUCGUACAUUAUCUCAAACUCCAUGGAUUAUCGAUGGAGUCCGUAAAGCUGAUACAUCUGUUGAAGAAUUAAUUGCUCUUCCUAUAAAUAAACUUGUUACUUCUAAAUGUCACGUUUUUCUAUCGUCGGGCCGUGAAGAUGUUGAUGUACGAACAUUGGGUCUUGGCCGACCAUUUGUUGUUGAAUUUCGACAACCAUCAAGAAUUUCGUAUAACCCUGAAGAAUUUCUUGCCAUUCAACGAGAAAUAAAUAUGCUAACAAAAGAUAUUCGUGUAAGAGAUUUACAGCAAGUAACAAAAGAACAAAGUAAUCAAAUAAAGGAAGGUGAAGAAGAAAAAACAAAAUGCUAUGAAGCUUUAUGCUAUACGGACAGGCAAAUUGAUCAAGCUGAACUUGAUCAAAUACUUGCAUCUGUUCCUAACCCACUAGUUAUCGAACAAAAAACUCCAAUAAGAGUUUUACAUAGACGAACAUUAAUGACACGUCAACGUUCUAUAUCUGAUCUGGUAGCAACUGUUAUUGAUCCGUAUCAUUUUCGUUUACGUUUAACUACUCAAGCUGGUGCUUACGUAAAAGAAUUUGUUCAUGGUGAUUUCGCUCGAACAAAACCAAAUUUAACAAUGAUACUUGAUUGUUUUGUUGAUAUUCUUGAAUUAGAUGUUCUUGCAGUCAAUAUUGAUUUUCCGCCAAUGUUGGACAAUCAAAAUGAUGAAAACAAUAGCCUUUGUGAUAUUAAUGAAAAAUAA